UUCAGUGAAAAUCUACAUGACUCUUUUAUAUGCAUGUUCGUUGUCACUGUACAUUGAAGGGUCACAGACAAAUGUACUUGAUGACUACUCUGAUAAUUCCAUUAAAGAGGAUACAGUUAGGAAAUGGAUUCUUAAUACAGCGAAACAGAAGAAGAAAAAUAUUGAUGAAGCGGACACUACACAUUCAACGGAUUCAACUCCGAAUACCAUGAUUGUAACGAUUAGUAAGAAAAUAAUUGAAGAAAGACAACAGAUUGACCCUGAAGACGAGCCCGUUAUGUAUGUAGACAAUCCCGUAGAAGCCAAAUUGCCUUGUCGCUGGAUUAGUCGUAGCUCAUUAAGGGAAUUAAUGAAACAACGUGGAAAGGGAAAUUUUAUUUCAAAACACCUAGAAGAUUUAACAAAACAUUGUAUGAAUCAAGGCGAAAUGUUCAACAUCCGAGCCAAAUUACAUGAAACCACCAAAGACCCUAUUUUAGUAGUCGAAAAUCCUGUAGAAGCGAAUAUAGCAUGUUCUUUUAUUUCACGAAGUAAAUUAAGGACGAUAAUCUUAAAUCGUGCAAAGGAUAACAUGAAAGGAAUAGAUAAAAACGAUAAAAAUUCAGUAUUUUUUAGGAUACCAAUCGAAUGUGCUAGACAACAUGAAGAAAUUUCACAAAUAAAAGGAAUUACGAAUACAUACUUUACAAGACCAUCAAGAUAUACUUGUAUGCCUCCUACAACACAAGCUAACUCUUGUAACACAAGAACUAAAACUACUGCAAGAAAAUCUUUUGAAUCUAUUAAGACGAAUGCCGCUGCUAUUAUUAUGAUGAUCUUAACGACACCCAGAAAUACCUUCGUACCUUUUACGACAAGAACCAACACAUACAUUACAUCUUCAAGCAACACUAAAACUAUCUUAGGAGCUCCAACAAUGGGUGCAUUUGUUUCUGCUGAUAUGCCUAUUUUUAUUCUUAUGAAUGAUAACAAAAUAACCCAAAGAAGUACGAUCGAACCUAUUACCAGUACUACAACUUAUUUAACUAGGUCUUCAUUCAGGCCAAGAAAUACCACUAAAUCUACUAUAUUAACAGCCUCUGUCGAUACUGAUAGACCCAUAACGACACAAAUUAAUACGAUUGAUUCUACUGUUACGAGUACUACCUCUUAUGAUACUAGGUCUUCAAUCAGUGCAAUAAAUAUUACGGAACCUACUACUAAAAUAGCCUCUAUUGAUAUUAGUAAACCAAACAUAACUCAGAGAAAUACCUUUAAACCUACUAUAUCAAUUUCCGAUGUUUUUUUUAUGUGGUCGUCAACCAGUCCAAGAUUUUUCUUUGAACCUACUACAAUGAGAGCCUCUCUUGAUACUAGUAGAACUAAAACGACACAAAGAGAUACUUUUGUUCCGACUGUUACAAGAACCACCACCACCAGCACCUCUUAUUCUAGUAGAUCUUCAAACACUUCAAGGAAUACCAUUGAACCUAAUACAAUGAUAUCCUCUGUUGACGAUAGUACACCCAAAACGACUCAAAGAAAUACCUUUGAACCUACUGUUACAAUGUGGAACGUACCACAUUAUUACAAUCUAUAA